UGGCGGGGGAGGCGGGGCCUGACAGGACUGCGGCCGCGCUGUGUUGUCUUUUGGCGGCGGCUAGAGGACACGGUCAAGAUGGCGGCUGUGUCUGGGCUGGUGCGGAGACCCCUUGAACAGGUCUCCGGGCUGCUGAGGAGGCGCUUCCACCGAACGGCGCCGGCGGCGCUGCAGGUGACAGUUCGUGAAGCUAUAAACCAGGGUAUGGAUGAGGAGCUGGAAAGAGAUGAGAAGGUGUUUCUGCUUGGGGAAGAAGUUGCCCAGUAUGAUGGGGCAUAUAAGGUUAGUCGAGGCCUGUGGAAGAAAUAUGGAGAUAAGAGGAUCAUAGACACUCCCAUAUCUGAGAUGGGCUUUGCUGGAAUUGCCGUGGGUGCGGCCAUGGCUGGGUUGAGGCCCAUUUGUGAAUUUAUGACCUUCAAUUUCUCAAUGCAAGCCAUUGACCAGGUUAUAAACUCAGCUGCCAAGACCUACUACAUGUCAGGGGGCUUUCAGUCUGUGCCCAUAGUCUUCAGGGGGCCCAAUGGCGCCUCAGCAGGCGUGGCUGCCCAGCACUCACAGUGCUUUGCUGCCUGGUAUGGGCACUGCCCAGGCUUAAAGGUGGUCAGCCCCUGGAAUUCAGAGGAUGCAAAAGGACUUAUUAAAUCAGCCAUUCGGGAUAACAACCCAGUGGUGGUGCUAGAGAAUGAACUGAUGUAUGGAGUUCCUUUUGAAUUUCCCUCAGAAGCUCAAUCAAAAGAUUUUCUGAUUCCCAUUGGAAAGGCCAAAAUAGAAAGGCAAGGGACACACAUAACUGUAGUUUCCCAUUCAAGACCCGUGGGCCACUGCUUAGAAGCUGCAACGGUGCUAUCCAAAGAAGGAAUUGAAUGUGAGGUGAUAAAUAUGCGAACCAUCAGACCAAUGGACAUUGAAACAAUAGAAGCCAGUGUCAUGAAGACCAAUCAUCUGAUAACUGUGGAAGGAGGCUGGCCACAGUUUGGAGUAGGAGCUGAAAUUUGUGCCAGGAUCAUGGAAGGCCCUGCAUUCAAUUUCCUGGAUGCUCCUGCAGUUCGCGUCACUGGUGCUGAUGUCCCUAUGCCUUAUGCAAAGAUUCUAGAAGACAACUCGGUACCUCAGGUUAAAGACAUCAUAUUUGCAAUAAAGAAAACAUUAAAUAUCUAGUUUGGACUUGAAUUUCAAGUCAUUGGGAUUUACUAAAGUACGUCCUGAUACUUCACCUGGAUUAUACUGUAAGACCUUAUGGUGAUUCAUAAAGUUAUGUCUAAAGCAACAACACAGAUGUUUUUGUACUUGGAAUAAGUUUAAAUGUGCUUGUAUGUGGAAAAACUCUUCUCUCCCACCCUAGACUCCAGGGUGGUUUUUUUUGUGUGUGUUACAAUUACCAUGGUCUUUGAAUAAGGCUGAUGUAAAAUUUCACCCUCUCACAAAGACAACGUAUGAAUGUGGCAGAGUUCUGCUGAAAGAUGUAUCCAAAAAUGACAACUUGUAUGUAAAAAUAAAGGCAUAUUAUGUACAUUUGCCAUUAGGUUGUUUUGAUAAGGAAUAAAGGAAUUCCUAUGACUAA